AAGCUAUCUUGACUAUCUUCCACCUCCAAGCUUUCAGUUACGCAGCAUCUGUGCUCUUUGGGUCCUCAAAAAUUUUAACCUUCCUCACAAAUAUCUUCUGUAAUCUGUUCAAGUUUUAGCCCGCAGUGACUCGGCCAGGCUUAUUCAAUCUCCAUCACUAUACAAUUUUCGUUUCCAACCAAUUACUGCCGACCACUGUACUCUUUUUUCUUUUUCUUUUCUUGUUAGUGGCCAAAGAUUCCAGUAAAUUUGCUUUAAAAUCCCGGAAAACUUGUCUCCUUUUUUUGUUCGUAUAGAAUUGGAAAUACCCAGAAGAAUAGUAAUUGGGAAAAUAGAGAUAAAGGGCUCGAAUAAAGCAUAGGUAUACACCUACUUGCAAGUCUUUAAUGGCACUAGAUAAUUCUGAUGCUCUAUCACCUCGAAGACGAACUGGUCUGUUGCGAGAUCAGGUUCAACUGGUCAAGAAAAAGGACUCUGACCGCUAUGAGAUUGUUCGGAUAGAAAAUCCAUUGUCAUUUGAGAAAGGUUUCUUUGCUGUAAUUCGUGCAUGCCAAUUGUUAGCUCAGAAGAACGAUGGGCUGAUUUUAGUUGGAGUAGCAGGUCCCUCUGGAGCUGGAAAAACAGUAUUCACGGAAAAGGUGCUUCAUUUUAUGCCCAGUAUUGCUAUUAUAACGAUGGACAACUACAAUGAUUCUAGUCGUAUUAUUGAUGGCAACUUUGAUGACCCAAAGUUGACAGAUUAUGACACACUUCUGGAAAAUAUACGAGAUCUGAAAGCACGAAAACCUGCCCAGGUUCCUAUGUACGACUUCAAGACUAGCUCGCGCAUCUCUUUCAGGACCGUUGAGGUCCCUAGCUCCCGCAUUGUGAUUAUCGAAGGUAUCUAUGCCUUAAGUGAAAAAUUACGACCAUUGCUCGAUCUUCGUGUAUCUGUUACUGGUGGAGUUCAUUUUGACCUAGUUAAACGUGUUCUACGAGACAUUCAACGUGCCGGUCAGGAGCCUGAAGAGAUAAUCCAUCAGAUCUCUGAAACGGUCUAUCCCAUGUACAAAGCUUUUAUUGAACCGGAUCUUCAAACUGCACAUAUUAAAAUCACCAACAAGUUUAAUCCCUUCAGUGGAUUUCAAAACCCCACUUACAUUUUAAAGUCGACAAGGCAAGUGACAGUGGAUCAAAUUAAAGCUGUUAUUUCUGAAAAACACACAGAAACGACAGAAGAGACUUAUGACAUAUAUCUUCUACCACCUGGUGAAGAUCCUGAAGCCUGUCAAUCAUACCUGAGAAUGAGAAAUAGGGAUGGCAAGUACAAUCUCAUGUUUGAGGAAUGGGUAACAGAUUCUCCAUUCAUAAUAUCACCUAGAAUUACAUUUGAAGUUAGUGUCCGUCUUCUUGGAGGACUGAUGGCAUUGGGUUACACAAUUGCAACCAUCUUGAAAAGAAGCAGUCAUGUCUUCAUUGAUGAGCGUGUUUGUGUAAAGACUGAUUGGUUAGAGCAACUUAAUCGCGAGUAUGUUCAGGUGCAAGGUCGAGAUCGUUUGUAUGUUAAAUUUGUUGCUGAGCAACUGGGCUUGGAAGGUUCAUAUGUUCCUCGUACGUACAUAGAGCAAAUUCAGCUGGAGAAGCUCGUAAAUGAUGUCAUGGCUUUGCCAGAUGAUUUGAAAAUGAAGUUAAGUAUAGAUGAUGAUUUGGUUUCAAGUCCCAAAGAAGCCCUUUCCCGUGCUUCUGCUGAUAGGAGAAUGAAGUAUCUGAGCCGUGGCAUAUCACAAUCAUAUACAACUCAGCGAGAUAGGCAUCUAUCCAAGCUGACAAGACUUGCUGUUAAUAAUAAUAGGUUUGACGGAAGGAACCCCGAUUCAGCAGCAACACUCGGAAACCAGGGUGUUGUUACUCAACUCUCAGAACAAAUAUCUACACUGACUGAGAGGAUGGAUGAGCUUACAUCUCGUAUUGAAGAGUUGAAUACCAAAAUCUCCGCCAGAAAGGUUUCAGCUAGCCAACAAAACUUAGCUUUGCAGGCUGAAGCCUGUAAUGGAUCUGCACCUGCUUCUCUCUUUGUACCUGGCUUAACAAAUUCGUCGUCUUCUUCACAAUUGGCAAGAGAGUCCCCUUUGAUGGAAGAGAUUUUGAUUAUUGCACGUGGACAACGCCAGAUAAUGCAUCAGUUAGACAAUCUGAGCAAUCUUCUACAUGAUUAUUGGGGAGAAAGGAUUCGCCAUGAAAGAAGAGAGAGAAUGAGCAGCAUAGUUGAUGUUGAAUCCAUCGGUUUCCCUCUUGUUCUAACUUUGGCUAUUGGUGGUUUAGGAGUCUUUCUUUUCAAGAAUCUGACGUCCCAGAAAUAAUUCUGCAUGCACCAAGAGACUAUACAUAUCCUUUUCCUUAGUUACCGUUGUUGUGAUAGACAGGCUCCCUAUGUAGGAAGAGAGUAGGAUAUAACAAAGGUAACCAGGUUUAAAUAGCGGCAAAACCAGUUUUUCAAUGUUCUUCCAUCAAAUUAUUGGUGGUAAUGGUGUAACCAUGCUGUAAACAUUGACAAAUAACAUGCUGUUGUACAUUACUCUGAUAGCAAUCAAUAAAAAUGGUAGCUGUGUCAACUAUUCA